GCAACAGGCGAAAAAGGAGAAACGAAGAAAACAUCUUCCCGCGCUUUUUACCAAAAAGGCUUUAUUAUCCCGCCAAUAUAGAAGUGAACACAGCAAGUGAAAAUGCAGAACACAAUUAAGUAAAAUUAAACACAAGUGAACACAGUGAUACAUUCAAGUGAACAAACACAACAAACAGGAAAAACCCUCCAAUCAUCAUUUCAACCAAAAAUAUCAACACAGGAUAUAAAGCAGCAGCAGGUUACAAUAAUUUAAUAAAUUAACAUAGAUUUACAUGUAUCUAUAGAGUAAAGCUGAGAUCACACGAUUGGUCAAAUGUACCGAUUUUUGACAAAAUUUUUCUGUACAAAUUUGUACAAAAUAAAUUUUGUGUACCGAUACAAUUUUCAGUGUUCACACGAUUGGCGUACUUGAGCCAGAAUUUUUCUGUACUGAUUUGUACACUUCAAUAAUAUGACAAAUAUUUGUGCAACCCUGUCACAUGGUUGGGCUUGUCAUCUUAAAUAAAGUAGAUAGCUGAUAAGCUUUGAAUACAUAAUUACAUAUAUUUGAACGUAAUUUUAUAAUUUUUAAAUAUAAUGAUUUCUUCAUCAAGAAAAAAGAAAAUAGUGGCAAUUAUGUGUAUUUGUGUACACCUAAUUAAUAAAAAGAAACAAAUAAAAGAAAAACCGAAAUUGAAGAAGCGAAGUGUUUGGGUGCUAGAUUGGCUUCAGAGGAGAAAUACUGACGGGGCGUAUGCAAAAACUCUGCGCGAGUUUCGUGAAGUGAAUAAUCAAAAAUAUUUGUUUAAAAAUUAUCUUCGCAUGAACGAAGCCACUUUUAAUUAUAUUCUUGAAUUAGUCUCCCCAAACAUAAAAAAAAGUGACACCAAUAUGCGCAAAGCAAUACCAGCAAAUGAACGUUUGGCGGUUACACUUCGCUUCCUUGCCUCUGGAGACAGCUUCAAAAGUUUAUCUGUUGACUUUCGCAUUGCGCCGAAUACCAUAUCUAUAUUUGUGCCGGAGGUUUGCGAUGCAAUUUACAAAGCUUUGAAAAAUGAAUAUUUACAGGUUCCAAAUAACGAACAGAUGUGGAUUGACAUUGCCCAAAAAUUUAGUGAUAAAUGGAAUUUUCCCCAUUGUAUAGGCGCAGUUGACGGGAAACACAUUGUGAUGAAGGCUCCGCCGCGGUCUGGAAGUACCUUUUAUAAUUAUAAAGGUACUAAUAGUAUUGUACUUAUGGCUAUUGCGGAUGCGGACUACCGAUUUAUAUAUAUUGAUGUCGGGUGCAAUGGCAGAGUUUCGGACGGCGGCGUUUUUGGAAAGUCCACAUUUCAGAAAGCUUUGGACAAUAACACACUGAGAUUGCCUUUACCACAACCAUUGCUAAAUCGUGACCGUGAUUGUCCAUACUUGUUAGUGGCGGAUGAUGCAUUCCGCAUGCAAAAGCACAUUUUAAAACCAUACCCUGGUAAAAAUUUAACUGCCGGUCAACGCAUAUUCAAUUACCGAUUGUCACGUGCUAGGCGCGUUGUCGAAAAUGCAUUUGGCAUUAUGGCAAAGCGGUUUCAAAUUUUAUAUCGACCAAUUCAACUGAAUGAGCAUAAAACGACCCAAAUAACACUGGCCUGCUGUGCCUUGCAUAAUUUUUUAAUAAAAAAAAAUGCCAGUUAUUUGGAAGGUUUAACUACAGAUAGGAAUGAUCAACAAGACAAUUCAGUUCAUGAGCAACAAGGAGCAGAGGAACGUCCAACGACAUACAUAACCAAUGAAGCCAAAGAAAUUCGUGAGGAGUUCGAACAAUAUUUUAUGACAGCCGCUGGAGAAAUACCAUUUCAAUAUGCAUAGAUGUUUAUGUUAAAUAAAAUUAAUGAUUUAAAUAUGUCUGUAACUUUAUUAAUAUAGAAGAAAAAACAAUUCAAUGAAA